CGCGGCUGUCUCUUUCAUCGGCCACCCACGGCGGCGGAGCAUAGCACUGAUAGCAGUAAGCAAGCAGCGGAGACGCCGGAGAGCGGUGAAGAAGCAUGGAGAUGGAGCAGCUCUGCUCGCUGCUCCGCGACCUCGACGCGCUCAAGCAGCAUCCCGACGACCUCACUUCCACCAUCGAUCGGAUGCGGGAGCGGCUAGUGGCGAUGAUGAAUCCGGCAGCCGGUGCCGCUUCUCGAUCCAAGAUUAAGGACAUGAGUGCAGAAGUGGUGGACAACAAUCCCUACAGCAGACUUAUGGCGUUGCAACGGAUGGGCGUAGUGGAGAAUUAUGAGCGCAUCAGGGACUACUCCGUUGCCAUCGUUGGCAUAGGUGGCGUUGGUAGUGUUGCUGCGGAGAUGCUCACUAGAUGUGGAAUUGGACGACUGUUGUUGUAUGAUUACGACACGGUCGAGUUGGCUAACAUGAAUAGGUUGUUCUUUCGCCCAGAACAGGUUGGAAUGACCAAAACAGAUGCCGCUGUACAGACACUUUCUGGAAUAAAUCCUGAUGUUGUGUUGGAGAGCUACUCAUUGAAUAUUACUACAGUCAAAGGUUUCGAAACAUUUUUGGCAAGUUUAAAAGCACAAAGUUCUCAUGAGCGUAGCACUGGAGUUAAUCUUGUCUUGAGUUGCGUCGAUAACUAUGAAGCUCGUAUGGUUGUAAAUCAGGCAUGCAAUGAGCUUGGUCAGACGUGGAUGGAGUCUGGUGUCUCAGAAGAUGCUGUUUCUGGUCAUAUACAACUGCUGGUUCCUGGUGAAACUGCAUGUUUUGCAUGUGCUCCUCCAUUGGUUGUAGCAUCUGGAGUGGAUGAGCGUACACUUAAGAGAGAAGGUGUUUGUGCUGCCUCUUUGCCAACUACAAUGGGUGUUGUUGCGGGUCUCCUGGUCCAGAAUGCUCUGAAAUAUUUGUUGAACUUUGGACAAGUUUCCCGUUACUUGGGAUAUAACUCACUUAAGGAUUAUUUCCCUGCAAUGGAAAUGAGGCCAAAUCCACAAUGCUCGAAUCCAGCAUGUGUUCUCAGACAGAAAGAAUAUAUGGAAUCCAAACCUGCUAGAGAUGCAGCAGCGAAGACUAAGAUGGAAGCUGAAGCAUCCACAGAAAAUGAAUGUCCUGUCCACCUAGACAAUGAGUGGAAUAUUAGUGUUGUUGAUGAUGAAACUGAGACAUCAAGCAUUCGAAACACUCCAGAUAUCCUACCAGAAGGUCUUGUCCGUGAGCUUCCAGACGCUGAUUCAUACGCAGGACCAGCUGCUCCAGUGAGUUCCAGCGCUAUUGAUGAUGAUGAUGAUCUCGAGGAGCUCCAGCGUCAACUUGAUGCCCUAAACGCAUCUUAGCCUUAAUAAGUAGGCUAGUUCAUCUGCGCCUUAAUUGGCUUCUCCCCAAUCCCAACUUGGAUGGGGAAGAUGAUUUACAUACUGUUUUUCGGAGUUGGUAAAUUCAUAGCACCGUGGUAAAAGAAAAAGGAGAAAAUGAUAGCUAUACUGGUUUUGGGAGUUUUGACUUACAGUUUUGGUUGAGAUCUGAGAACAUGUGCAUGUCUGAGCCAGACAGCUCGUCGGUAAUGGUACUAAUGUCUGAAUUUUUGUUGCUGUUGAUA